AUGAGUUCAUUGUCGUACUCUGCAACUGAAGCACUUACACUCAUCAUCUCUCUACCUCACUCCUCCACCAAAUUCCAAAUUCCCAGGAAAAGAAGAUUAAUGGUGACGAUGAGAGACCGGAGCAACAACCCCCGUCCAUUACAGAAAGGUAGAAACCUCAGCAUCGAAGCGAUUCAGACUGUCCAAGCUCUUAAGAGAGCUCAAAAAGACCAUCACAGUUUGGAACAAGCAUUCGAUUUCAAAUUCAGACGAUUGUUGAAGCUCGAUAUGGUGGCCGUACUCCGCGAACUUCUUCGCCAGAAUGAAUGCCUCUUGGCUCUCAAGGUUUUUGAGGAUGUUCGAAGAGAAAUCUGGUACAAACCUCGGGUUUCCUUGUAUGGUGAUGUGAUUGGAGUAUUGGGUAACAAUGGAUUCAUUAAUGAAGUUGAACUUGUUCAUUCUUAUUUGAAAAGAGAAGAUGAUUUACAGCCUGAAAUUGAGGGUUUCAAUGCUCUGUUGAAAACUUUGGUAAGUUUGAACAUGGCAGAGCUAGCAAUGGAGUGUUAUAAUUUGAUGAAACAGGUCUGACCGAAUUGCCAGCCUGCCGGAGCAACAUUGUAAGAUGCAAGUGUUCUUCCGGUGCUAGCCGUCACCUCGAAAGAUAUAGGCUGCCCUUUGAGGUUGAUAUUGCUUUGCCAGUUCUGUCCCCAGUUUCUUGCCAUUGGUAUCCAACCUGUUCUUGAACCCUUCACUUUCACAGCUACCACUUCUCCAUCCAACCCAACAUUAGUGAUCAAAACUUGGUAAAAGUGAGAGUUUCCACUCAUAGUGAAUCUCACUCCACCUCUUCUAUCACAUUUCACCCUACAUCCAAAACACAAAGGUUUUCACUCAAAAGUUCAACAUAAGAACAGAGAAAGUUAAAGAUUUACCAUUUUAGUGUGUUACCUCCUAUACUGAACAGGAACAAUAUCUGCUUUUUUCUCUGCAAUUUGAGAGAAUGCUGCCUCUGACAUCUCAAAAUGUUUCUUGGGGAAAUUACACCAACCACCAUAUUCAGCUGAAAGCCCAUAAUUUGGAGGACAGAAAUCUGUAGCUGUGAGAAUAAUAGAUGGACUUCCUUGCAGGCACCACAAGAUGUGGUCAACACAUCUUAACUCAUAGCAAGCUCCACAGGUACUACCUCUGUUAAACAAAAUGCUGCUUAGACCUGCACUAUACUCCCCAUAAGUGAUUUUUUUGUGAAGAUCUCCAUACCCACAAGCUCCUUCUGUAACAUGAAAAACCAGAAGUUAGUGUAAGAAAAAAGAAUGAAUGCAAGUAGUAGAAGCAAAAACACUUACCAUCAAUGAUGGAACUAUCUGAAUCCAUAGUAUAGGUUGCAGUUGCAGUUUUCCACUGUCCUUUCUGGGCAACAGCAGUGACCCAUAUUUGAAGUAGAAUCAAGCACAGAAGAGUGGUAUAGAAGGCAGCCAUGGCAGAUAGAUACAUUAUUAAUAUGAAAGCUCCUAUCUUUACUCUUUUUUCUUUUCUUUUGAUGCAAUGUGAAGAAAGCCCUCCUUUUCUUUUUUUUUUCUUCUGAGACAAAUGACCUAAAUCAUGUAGCUUUAGCUGAGUGAGAGAUGAAGGAAGAAGACUUUGAGGGCUGGAAUGAAACUGGACCCUUAAGUCUGUAGUAAAGUUGGUAACUUUGUCAAAAACCCAAUAGUAGUGUGAGUAGUGUCCCAUAUAAACCAUAGUUCACAUUUGUGGGGGGAGCUGGCACAUUCUGCGAGGAGAAGAAAGAGAAAUGAGGGUGUGUUGGUCCACAACUGCACACUAUGGAAUACAGUAAUGUUUCCUCUCUUUUCAUUCUAACUUAGCUUCUUUUUCUAGCGAGAAACUAAGUCACUUAAUAUAAGAGCACUUAGUUUUCUUCUUUAUUAAAAUUCAAUUUUAUCUAUUUUAGUUCACAUUUUUA